UUGGCUAACCCAUUAUAGACUGCUAAGUUAUGGAAGAGAAUAGAAGACUUGUCUUUGCCUAACCCAUCUACAUCAUUAGUCUGAAAUAAGAGAUGGACAAAGCGAUGGGCACCCUACGUGACAAAGCGAUGGGCAUACUCGGACCAGACUUUGUCAACACCAUAUUACAUUUAAAUGAUCCGGAUGCUAUGCAGAAGCUGCGAAUUAAAUAUAAAGAGCGCUUGACCGAGUUGUACGUAAGAGAGGAGCGGAUAAGACCGGAGAUUUGCAUUUAUAGAGUUCCGGAGAAACUUCGAAAACUGAAGGAGGAUGCCUACAAUCCCCGCGCUGUCUCAAUUGGACCUUUCCAUCGAGGCAAAAGUAGCCUUGCACCAAUGGAACACCAUAAACUAUUAUACACGGCAUCCUUUCUCGGUUCGUUUAUUGCGAGUAGCGAAGCUACUGAAAAAUACAUGGAUAGUUACAUGGAACAUCCUAUUGCUCCUAUACAUGUUGAUUGGCCGGUUAAUAAAUGCUACAAUGAAGAGAUCAAAUGCGAAGAAGGCAGGGAUAAGCUUACUGAAUUGCUACAAGAUGGCUGCUUCAUAUUGCAACUUUUCCUCAGCUUUGCCCAAUUGAUCAAGGAUAGUUCAGACGAAUACGAAUCUGAUCCAUUAAUAAACAAUGCUUGGAUGAUCAGAGAUCUUUGGCACGAUCUAGCAUUGCUUGAAAACCAAAUCCCCUUCUUUGUCCUCGAAAUUUUAUAUGACAUUGUCAAGCCUUGUGUAAUGAAAAUGAACAACGGCAAAGCACCAGAGUCGGUCAGUAGUCUUGCUUUAAAUUUCUUUAAGCCUAUGCUGAGCCAAAACUCAAAUAUAGUGGAGCAUUCGUACCCGGACUGCAAACAUUUGCUUGAUCUCUUGCACAAAUCCUCCCUGCUCGCAGUUUCAGGAGAUACUGCCUUCACAGUCUAUGACGUCAGAGAUCGGAGAUCGACAAUGGCUUUAAACCAUGCUGCAGCUGCUAAUUUGAGUCCAGGGAAUCAAUAUUGGGGAUUAAAAUAUUGCGCUGAAGAACUUGUACAGUCCGGAAUUGAGCUUCGUAAAGAGUCAGGGGACUCUCUGGUGAACAUAACCACCACAAGCGACCGCCAGCUGAUCAUCAACAUCCCACCGCUGUUCAUUGACGAGGUAAGGGAUUCACUCUUCAGGAACCUGAUUGCCUACGAACAAAGCAGUAUCAAAAUUAGUCAUCAUGUCACAUCUUAUGUUAUCCUCAUGAAAAGUCUUGUCCGUUCUCCACGAGAUGUCAAGCUUCUUAGGAAAAAAGGCAUCAUAUCUCAGUAUUGGAUCGAAGACCAAGAAUAUUUAAGUUGCUUCGUAAGUUUUCUAGAUGAAGUUUUUCCCAGGGACUUCUAUUUCAGUUCUUUGUGUGGCCAAGUGGAUGCCUACGCGAAUAAGUUCUGGUUUCGUAGAAAGAUGAGCGCUCUUUAUCGCACUUAUUUCUCAACAGCCUGGAGUAUGACAUCAUUCAUUGCUGCCAUUUGCCUUUUCAUUCUCACAGUCUUACAAACAUACUUUACCAUCAACCCUCGCUAAUUCUUGCUUCAUAUAUGUAUCCUCUUUUCGUAAAUGCAUGCAGUUGACCGGGGCA